AUGCAACUGGCAUUGCUCUCCAUUUGGAUAUGCCUGGCCGGAGCUCUGGAUUGGAGCCAGCUGAUGAGUCCGAGGCCCGCGGACAGCUACCAGAGCCAGCUGAAGCAGCUGCUGGAGAGGCUGCUGUGGCGGGCGCAGGUGCAGCGCUGCUUUGCGGUCAUCACAGACGACCUGCACCACGCCCUCUACGACCGGGCGUACUUCGAGGCCGUGGGCCCUCUGCCCAGACCCCACUAUCUGCUGCGGCUGAAUGCCAGCGAGAAUUUGCACAGGCCGUCCAGGCGAGUGGAGCUGCUGCUGCGCGCCAUCCGGGCCAGUGACUGCGACCUGUACGUGUUGACCCUGCUGAAUGGCUGGCAGGUGAAGCAGCUGAUGAGGUUCGUCUACGAAAGUCGCGCCUUGAAUAUGCAGCGCAAGUUCCUCCUGCUGCACGAUGUCCGGCUGUUCACCGGGGAUAUGCUGCACGUGUGGAGCGUCUGUGUGAACGCGUUGUUCCUCAGGCGACAGCUGGACAACAGCUACAGCAUCUCGACCAUCGCCUAUCCGGGCAUAUUGAGCCGCGUUGUGGUCCUCAAACAGCUGGAGAACUGGAGAGCUGGUAAACGCAUGGAUGGAGCAAUCAUUUUCACGGAUAAAACGCGAAAUUUGCACGGUGCUCAACUGGCGGUGGCCAUUGCUGAGCACGUGCCGAUGGUGCAACUGAAUCGAACCACGAAUACUUAUCAAGGCGUUGAGGUGGAAAUCAUGAACUCCUUGGCCAAGGCCCUAAAUUUCCAGCCGCUUUAUUAUGCAGUUAAUGAGAGCGACGCCAGCGACUGGGAGCAGUCGCUGCAGGGGAACGAGACCCGCAGAGAGGAGCGAGGUCUGGUUGGGGAAGUGGCGCAACACAAGGCUCGCUUUGGCAUCGGGGAUCUGCAUCUGUUCCAGAGCUAUGUGCAGCUCGUGGAGCUGAGUGUGCCUCACAGCGUUGAGUGCCUGACGUUCCUGACGCCCGAAUCCUCGACGGACAAAUCCUGGCAGACCUUCAUACUGCCCUUUAGCGGCGGCAUGUGGGCUGGCGUUCUGCUCUCCCUGGUGGCCGUCGGCACCAUCUUCUAUCUCAUCAGCUACUUGAAUGCGCUGCUCAUGGGCAGCAGCAGCCGGUUGGCCUUCUUUCGCUGCCUGCGCCGGAGACGGGGACGGGGACGGGAGCGGGGACGGAGGCAGCUACGUCGGGAUCCGCUCAGCUGGCAGCGCUUAAGCUUUCGCAUUACCCUGGGCAGGCAUCGUCCAAGACCCCAGCUGGAGGCUGCUCGGCGGGACAUCUUCGAUAACUAUUCGAAUUGCAUUCUGCUCACGUACAGCAUGCUGCUCUAUGUGGCUCUGCCCCGCAUGCCGCGCAACUGGCCGCUGCGCGUGCUCACAGGCUGGUAUUGGGUCUACUGCAUCCUGCUGGUGGCCACCUACAGGGCCAGCUUUACGGCCAUUCUGGCCAAUCCGGCGGCCAGCGUCACCAUUGACACGCUCCAGGAUCUGAGCCGCGCCCGCAUUCCGCCCACAACUGGAGCAGCCGACAACAAGCAGUUUUUUCUAGAGUCCAGCGAUGAGACAGCCCGCGAGGUGGGCGCCCGCAUGGAAAUAGUGGAGCAGCUCGACGACUUGACCAAGCGCAUAGCUAGGGGUCAGUGCGCCUACUACGACAACGAGUUCUUUCUGAGAUAUUUGCGUGUGGCAGAUGAGACACAUGGUGUGGCAAUGGGGGCCCUGCACAUCAUGAGGGAGUGCGUCGUCCAUAUGCCCGUGGCGCUGGCUCUGGAGAAGAAUUCGGCGCUGAAGCCGCACGUCGACAGCAUCAUACAGCACCUAGGCGAGGGCGGUCUGAUUGCCAAAUGGCUGCGGGAUGUGAUCAAACGUUUGCCAGCCGAGGAGCAGGCGCCGCAGGAGGCGCUCAUGAAUCUGCACAAGUUUUGGAGCUCCUUCGUGGCACUGGCCAUUGGCUAUCUGGUGUCGACUCUUGUGCUGCUCCUGGAGCACUGGCACUUCAGGCAUAUCGUCAUGAAGCAUCCCAUCUAUGAUGUGCACAAUCCCAGCUUAUACUAUAACUUCAAGCGGCUUUAUCCGCACGAAUAG